AUGUAUCGUGCAUUGUUAAAACUUCAUAUUCAUCUUAAAAAUCGAGUACUUAAUUUAUCUUAUGCAUAUGGAUUUUUCGUUGCUGAUCAUUCACUUUAUAUAAUAUUAGUUUGUUUUGGUAUAUUUCUUCUUAGUUUAUUUCAAAUAACGACAAAUGUUCCACCACCUGGUAGUACAUUAGAAAUAUUUGCUGAAUCAUCAAAAACAUUUCGUCCUGUACGUGCAAGAUUAGAAUUAAAUACAAGUGAUCAAUUACAUGAUAAACAACCAGAUAAACCAUUAUGGUAUUCUGGUUAUCCACUUGCGUAUGUUCAACAUAUUGUUAUUCGAUGUUCAUCAUUAACAUCUCGUUCUUCCUGUUUUUUACGUGCACGUGAUAUUCAUGAUCGUCUUUCAGCUGAUUCACAAUAUGAUACAAAUUGUUUACGAGUUAGUGAACCAAUAAAUGCUCAACAAUAUAUGUCAUAUUUACCAUCAUUUGGUUGUCUUUUUCUUUCACCAUUAAAUCUUUGGUCAAAUGAUAUAUCAAAUUUAAAACAAAAUGAACAUAAUUUUCUUGAAUUACUUCCAUCGUUAUCAAAACGUUAUACAGAUAUUAUAUUUGGUAUUCCACAAGAAUAUUUUUCAUCAAAAAAAUCUUUAACAUAUGCAAUAACACUCAUAUUAAAUAAUGCAUCGAAUGAAUAUAGACAAGAUUUAAAAAAACGAUUAUUUGCAUUAGAUGAACAACAACAACAACAAAAUGAUAUUAUACAUAUUUAUUUUUCAAGAAAAUCUUUACUUUAUUAUUUACCACUUUUACUUAUUUAUAUUGUUGUAUUUCUUUACAUUUAUUAUUCAGUUAGUCAAUUCGAAUGUGUCAAAUCUAAAUGGGGUCUUGCAUUCGCAGCUCUUGUACAAAUAGUUGUUUCUUUACUUAUAUCAUUAGCAUUAUCAUCAUUAUUUCAUAUGACACCACGUCUUGAUGGUGGUGAAGUAUUUCCAUAUUUAGUUAUAUUUAUUGGAUUAGAAAAUUUAGUUGUUUUAACUCGUGCAGUAACAUCAACUCAAGCACAAAAACAAUAUGAUGAUAUACGUGAACGUGUUGCACAUGCACUUCGUGCUGAAUCAUGGACAAUAACAAAACAUUUAGUUUAUGAAUUAAUUAUUGUUAUGUUUGGUUUUAUAACAUAUGUUCCAACAGUACGUGAAUUUUGUCAAUUAGCAUUAAUUGGAAUAUUAAUUGAUUUUUUAAUGCAAAUUAAUUUUUGGUUAGCAGUUUUAAGUAUUGAUAUACGACGGUUUACAGUUGGUGUUAGAAAAAAGAAGAAUAGAAAUUUAGAAGAAGAAAAAAAAGAAAUUAAAGUUUCAUUACCAAUUAAAAUGCCAUAUUUAAUUAACAGACGACAACAACAACAACAAUCUCAAUGGGCUCGAUAUAGAGUUUUACAACGAGGAAGUAUGUUUCUUGUUCUUGUUUGGGUUAUUUUAAUAUUUUAUAAAUCAUGUUUAAUUGUUGAUUUAUUACAUAAAAAUGUACAAAUCAAUCGAGAACAAAUUAAAGAUUUUGUACCAGAAAAAAUGCUUAAAGAACAUUAUGGUUCAUCUUCACAUAAUAUUGUAGAAGAUCAAAUGAUUAAUAAUAUAUCUGUUCCAAAUUAUGAAUGGCAAUCACUUUUAUCUUAUGAUCAUUGGCCAACAUUAUUUUCAUUUUAUAAUAUUUCAUAUGAUAAUCGAUAUUUAACUAUUAUGCCAUCGAUCUAUUUACCAAUUCUUUCUUCUGAAGAUCAAAAAUUAGAUAUAACAACAACAACAAAAGCUUCGUAUUUUCAGUCAUCAACACGAUCUUUACUUGAUGCAACAAUAACAAGUACAAGUAAUGCAUUGACUGAUCAUCGAUUUUCUACGGCACUUUGGGAACUUAUUUUUAUUGUUUUAUUUGGUUUAACAUUAUUUAGUAUUGUUUAUUAUUGUUUUCUUUCAUCAACAUUUUCAUUCAAUUCGAAUCAAAAUCGAUCAUUAUCAUCUUAUAUAAAAAGUGAUCAUUCAAUUGUUCCAACAAUUUUAACACCUUUAUCAACAUCAUUAUUAAUUGAAUCAAUAUGUGUACAUGAAAAUGGUACAAUUGUUAGUGUUGCUUAUUCUGAUGGUUCAAUAUGUAUGUGGAAUCCUCAAACAGGUGGAAUUAUUUUACAACAACAAAGAUUAUCUUCAGAAAAAAUUCUCAAUCAUGUUUGGUGUUCAUUAAUGAUUGAUGAACAACGAUGUUUAUUUGGUUGUUCCGAUGGUCAAAUAGAGAUCUAUCCAAAUAAUUUACAAAGAAAAAAUUUAUUAUUAUAUCAUAAUGAAUUUGGUGGAAUAACACAUCUUAUACGAGCAUCAUCAACAUUAAUUAUAAGUACAACACGUCGUGGUUAUUUAAUUGCAUUUGAAUAUAUUAAUGGUAUAAUAAAAGAAAAUUAUAUUAAACGAUUACAUCAAUGGCCAAUACGUGUUUGUCAAAUUGAUUUAAAUUCAUCAUUAAUAUUUACAGGUAGUGAUGAUCAUUCUAUUAAAGUAACAAAUGUAUCAAAUGGUUCAUGUAUACAUACUUUACAUAAACAUCAAUCACCUGUUAAUUGUCUUGCAAUUGAUCCAUAUCAUCCAACAACAUUAGUCAGUGGUUGUUUCAAUGGAACAUUAUGUAUAUGGAAUGGUGAUGAUCUUAUUCAAACAAAUAUGAAUGCUCAUCCAUUAUCAAUAAUAAUUGAUAUAAAUUUUUGUGGUCAUUCGUCAAAUAUAGUCAGUUUAGGUACAGAUAAACGUUUAUGUAUAUGGGCAUAUAAUAGUCUUCAACUUCUUUAUGAAUUAAAUGAUGUAACAUCAAAUUGUUUAACAAUACAUCGUACAAAUUAUUUAUUCUAUACUCAAUUAAAUUCUCUUUUUAUAUAUGAUACACUUAAUCAAACCAAAUUAUCAACAAGACAAUUUUUAAUUCCAUUUCUUAAUGAUAUAAAUAAAGAUGAAAAUGAAAUGAAUAUUGAAAAACUUUUAUAUUCAUCACAAACUGAAACAUUAAUAUUACAAAAUUCGGAUAUUAUUUAUGCAAUGCACUUACCACAACGACUUUUUCUUGUCCGGUGA